GGUGCAGAAGUGGCUUCAGGUGUUCUGUGUUGCUCUGAUGAGGCCCGGGCGUUGGCAGGAGGUUUAAAGACGCUGCACUGCGCCGACUGGUUUGCUUCCUUGUGGGUCAGAAGGGAGAGUCUGCAGUCUGAACCGGUUUGCUGUGGGUGGUUUUCUUUGAGUGCCAUUGAUGGAGCCCUUGUAUUUUGCACUCCUCUUGUCGGGAGUCUGCGUUCACUCGUCUUUUGCUUUCCCGCCGGCGCGUUACGCGCAACAUGCUUUGUCCCAGCGACCUCAGCACGGCGUGCCCGGGCAACAGAAGGCUCCGGGCGAGGAGCGGGAGCAGGUGAACACGGUCAGGGUGACCUGCCACCCAGACUCGCUGGAGGUCACGGUCGAGGCCGACCUGUUCGGCAUCGGGGCUCCUGUAAAGAGUGAGGAGUUGCGCCUGGGUGUGGAGCACAAUGUCUACUGUAGUGCCGCAGCGUCUUCAGCAGACCAGUACAAAAUCCUUGUCGGACUCACGGACUGUGGCACCAAGCAUUGGAUGACCGACGACGAUCUGGUCUACACGAACCUGCUCAUAUUCUCUCCUGCAGCCGCUCCAGAUGGGCUGACUCGGAUGGAUGAGGCCGUCGUUCCGAUCGAGUGUCACUACGAAAGGAAGUACAGUUUGUCCACUUCUUCACUCCUGCCUACCUGGGUCCCCUUCAUGUCUACACAAGCUGCAGUGGAGACUUUGGAGUUUGACCUGAGAGUUAUGACCGAUGACUGGUUCUAUGAAAGGAGCUCUAAUGUGUUUUACCUCGGCGAGCCCAUCAGAGUCGAGGCCUCCGUUAGAGUUGGACACCACAUGGGCCUGCGAGUGUUUGUGAGCAGCUGUGUGGCCACGCUUGAGCCUGACAUUUACUCCGUGCCCCGAUACGUCUUUGUGGAAAAUGGGUGCUUGGUUGACUCUGAGCUUCCUGGUUCAAGGUCCCACUUCUUGCCCAGGGCACAAGAUGACAAGCUCAACAUGGUCAUUGAUGCCUUUAGGUUUCAUAAUGAAGACCGAGGACAGCUCUACAUCACCUGUCACCUGAAUGCUGUGCCGGUCAACGACGCCGAGGCACCGAACAAGGCCUGCACUCUGACAAAUGGAAGAUGGCGCUCCAUCGACGGUAACGACUUCCUGUGUGGACAUUGUCAAAGACAAAAUGAGGCUGACCAAACCCCCAUGAAGCCCAGCAGCCCUGGCAAGUUCGGUCCACGUGGGUUUGGGAAGCCAGAUGAACUCAACGCCUCAUGGAGAAGUGGACUGAAAACCAAUACAGUGUGGGAGAAGGAGGCAAGUGUGGGUCCAAUGCUGGUCCUACCUGCUAGACACAAAAGUGGACCACUGCCUGCUGAAGAGCUCCCCCCUGUUCUCAAUCAAAUCAGCAGAUCUGGCCUCUACAGUAGCCAGUGGAGAGGUGGAGUGAGCAGAGUUGAUCUGAAGCAGGGACUGCUUCCUGGUCCAUCUACACUGGACCUGGUAGAGGACAGGGAUGACGACGACGAAAGUGAUGAAGAUGCAGAAAAGGUGGCUCCUGAGGUCACGAUGAAAUCAAAGGGUGCCGCACUGAACAGUAACGCCACAGCAGCCCCCAGUGACGUCAGCCCCUCCACUCCGGUUCAGCUGGAUGUGACGUUACUGUCAAAUGCAACCGUGACAGAAUCUGACCUUUCAGAUACAAAUGACCCAAAGAGAAAAUAAAAGUAUGACCUACUGAGCUUG